AUGCCUGGACGAGCAAUAAAGCAGUUCAAGCGGGUAAGCAAAAAGCCGCCUCCAGUUGGCGAUCCAAACCCCAAACCGACGCAAGACCGGCAAUUCUCCCGCUUCAGAGAGCUCCCCGCGGAAACAAGACUCCUAAUCUGGCGCGCGGCUCUUCUCCAAGCCACCGUCGAUCGCACAAUUCACGUCGAGGUGCAUUCCCAGAUACAAUCAACUGCUCACGCCUGUUUCACCAGCAACGGCGUCUUUUGUGGCCAACACGGCAGCUGUCUGGCAUUCAGAGAGGGACUUCCACACUGGUCAACCUACUGCAUGUCCGAUGGCUAUUUCGCAUCCACCGACUUGGUCUCCAGCCCCGAGGAGUCAGAAUCGUCUUUGGCAAUAGCCAAUCUCAGCCUUACCUGCCGAGAAUCCCGCAUGGCAGUCCUUGGGCUGUACCCCAAAGCACUCCGAGUCUAUCAAGGCCCUUGGCAUCCAGGCGCCAAAAGUCGUCUCGUCCGCUGCCGCCCAGAGACGGAUAUGCUGGUCAUCUAUGCGGUGCCAGAUAUGAGCCUGAGUCACACGCAUUAUCCGUCACUGCUUAGCGAAGAGAGUUGGCAUAUCCUAAAUGAAUCCAAGAUGAAAAGGUUCCCCUACAGCAGGAAACAGUUUGCCGUGUUCAAAGAAAUGGUGUCUUGCUUCCAGCACGUAGCCAUUUUUUCUCGCCUUUGUGGCGGCGGCGAGACGUUUGCGCGAGAACCGCAGAGCUGGCAAGGCUCGGGAGACUCAGGAGACUGGUAUGAGAGCUUUGGGAAUGCAGUUCCUGGAAUUGACCUCUUCGGGGGCAACGAUAUGAAGGUACUGCUUCUGUUCUUCACAUCGUUGAAGCACCUCUAUUUCUGGCUUGAUCCAGUCUGCUAUGCCAAUGCCUGGGACGAUGCGAUCCGGGUCAGCAAUGCCAAGGACCUGAAGAAGGACGAGGAGCCUGACGUUGAACACCUCCAGGACAAGGCCGAGCAUUUCAUCGCCAUGUACAAUGAGCGCGUGCAAGUCGAGAACAACCACCGCCCUGUGGCCGACGACAUGCACUGGAUAUCGCAGCCAAAGCCGCUUGAACGAGUCGGAUGCCUUUGUCCCGCUUCUUGGCUACGAUGA